AUGAGUGACGAGACAGUUUGUCGUGAUAAACCUCCUACCCGCCACAGCCUUGGCGGGAUUGCAGACCUGUAUAUCCGUAAAAGACUGAAGCGCGAUUCCCAUCCUGGUUUCGAAGCCAUGAGAGAAAAUGAGGAGACGCCGAACGAGCUGCUACGACCACCCGGCCUAGGGGAUACGUCAUUGUCACCAAUCAAAAAGGAAAAUGUUGAGGACGCAAACAACGAGCUUGAAUCUGAUGACGAAGAUGAUGCGGUACAAGAGCUGUACAUCGAUAUCGAGCAGCAAAGGAAGCGCUUCAGUGAAGCAAUGGAGGCUUACGAAAGAACAACCACCGGGUCGACAUUCAAGACCGAUGUCACGACAAAACAGGUGCAUACAUGGGAGGAAGUGUUGGAAGAGGUGAAUAAAGCAUCAGAUCGUUACAACGACGUCUCUGGAUUUUGGGGGAAGAUCAGGAAAGGCCUUCGCAGAUUCGGAAAGAACAGCAAAGCCUUUGAGGCUUGGGCGAGCCUGUUACCAUCCCAAUCGCAUUAUUUUUCGGUCCUGUGCGGAGGAAUGAAACUGAUAUUUGGGGCUGCAGCACGCCUACAUGAUCUUCGAAGCGAUAUAAGCGAUGCAUUGGCAGAGAUUCCAACCCUCAUCGCAAGCACACACAAAGCGCUAGGCAUAUUUAGAACGUCGAACGAUUUGCGUCGAUGUAGUGCAGCACUCUAUUCCGCUACAAUAGCCGCCUUACACCUUAUUGUUGUAUGGUACAAGGAAAAAGCAUUGAAAAAGCUGCGCCGCAGCAUACUCAAACAGGAUGCCUACGAGAGACAACUGAAUGAUUAUCUUAAAACUAUCAGGGAAGAAUCCAAGCGUUUUGAACAAGCUGCUCAGUUGUGUUCGUAUGAGGCAAUUAUGAACACGAAGCAAUUGGUUAUGGACCAGGGCGAUGAAUCACGCAAGCAUCAGGAGAUUAUACUUGGGUAUUUUGAUCAGUCGAGAAACGAGUUUCUUGACUUCCGCAGCAAUUUCAUGCUGGCUGCUGGAAGCGUGAAUCGAGAGGUCCGCUCGAUAGGCGAUGAGGUCUCGCAGCUGCGUAGAGUGCUUGCCGGAUUUCUCAGCAGCAAUUCUCGAAUGGAUUUCAGAUCGCAGGAUGUAAGAGGCCCGGUGCUGCCGUUACGCAGGGCUGCGUCUGAGUCCGAUCUAUUACAAGAUUACCUUCUUGCAAAAACUGAAUUGCUUUUGGGUUUCGACUACAAAAGCUCUGCCGUUCGCCACGACAUAGAAACCAGCCUUCAAAUGAUCUGGACCUUACCCACACCCGAUCAAGAUCGCGGAGUUGCAGUAAUGCAAUCGCCAAAGCUGCAUCAAUGGAUCACUAAUACCAAUUCUUCGGCUCUCCUAGUCAAUUUUAAUGGUUCCAAGAAGACAGCGUCGACAUCCUUUAUUUCCGCGAAACUGACGCAUUCGAUCCUGUCAGACGCCAUGGAUCCACAUUAUCCAAGGAAUAUAUUUCCCUUAUUCUACCUUUGCGCACAAAACAUGCGUCAAGAUGAUCCGAACUUCGGGGUCAGCAGAAUGAUGCAAAACCUGAUCAGCCAACUACUCGUCGCCUAUCCUGACUUCACCAUGAGCUUUCUCAAACAUAUACAGCGUGCAAAUCAGGAAAACAUCAAUAGCCUAUGCCAAACCUUCCAUAAGAUGAUCGCCCAACUCCCACCGCAUGUGACGGUCUUCUGCAUUCUUGAUUGUGUUACUGUAUAUGAGCAGAAAAGCUCGCUGAGGAAGGAAGGAGAAUUUGUGGUCAAAGAGCUCAUGGAAAUUGUGAAUUGGACCCGGGACCAUGGAUGCAAUUUCAAGGUUUUUUUGACGAGUGCAUGGAACAGCCACGUCUUUUAUAAGUAUGUGCCGGAUGAGAAGAAAUGUGUUAUAUGGUUGCCGGCCAAGGUGCCACCGAAGGGUGGGUUUACCAGUAUGAAAUGGAAUUCUAGCAUUGCUUUAACGUAA